AUGUCCACCCCCGCCACCCCCGCCACCCUCGCCGCCCUAUCCGCCUACUCCGCCUGCGACAUCUCCGACGCCCUCCUCGCCCUCCGCCUCCCCCACGGCGGCUUCAUCCCCGACCUCUCCCCCAUCUCCCCCCCGCCAUCUACACCCUCUCCUGCGCCGCCGUCCAACAUCCCCGCCGGAACGCACUGGACGGAUCUCGUGCCUACGGAUACGAUAUUAAUCCAAUCCGGCCCCCCCUCUCACGCCGCGAUGUUGGGGGGGAUCCUGGCAAUGCGGCUGAAGUACCGCGGCGUGCGUGCUGUGAUCGCGCAUGGCCGCGUUAGGGACGUGGGAGAGAUUAGGGGGGUGGAGCUACCGGUCUGGUCGCUCGGGACGUCUACAGUAGGGAGCGGGGGCGGUGUGAAAGCGCAUGCAGUUGAUGUUGUGGUUGAAGUUGGAGGCGUGAGUGUCAAGGCUGGGGAUGUGGUUGUCGCGGAUCCGGGGAAUGGGGUUGUGGUUAUCCCCGCUGAAAAGGUGGGAGAGGUGCUGGCGCUGUUGCCGGGGUUGGCGGUGGCGGAUGGGAGGAUUUAG